AUCGAAGCGGAUCACGGAUCGGGCUUUUUACAUUUAAAUGCAGUGUUUCGUAUUUUGAGGCUAAUCUGGGCGUUUUUUCCGGAACGAUAUAAAAUGAAAUUAUUUUAUGUCGUCUUCAUGUUAAUUUCAGUCGCUGUGUGUGAUGCUGAGGUGAAUUUGGAGGCAGCUGAAGGAGAGAAUGUUACCGUAUCCUUCAAAACUGCUGGACUGGAGAGAGCGGAUCAAGUGAAGAUAACUUUGACAAGAGGACGUCAGAAGAAGCUGAUAGCGCAGUACUGUUGCUGUGUCCAUCGUGGAGACUGUGAUGUUGUGGAAACAGCAGGAGUCUUACUGAGAGUUGAAGAAGGAACCUUCUCUCUUCUGAGUGUCCGCUCCAAUAACACAGGCCUCUAUGGAGUAAUAAUCCUCACUGGAAGUAAUGUCUCGGAGAAGAAAGUUACACUUGUUGUCAACAAACCUCUGUUGUCCUCCAGUACAGAGCCACCACAAACCUCCAUCCCAAAACCUCCAGACUCCUCUGAACGCCAAAGACUUUCUGUGUUCAUUGCUCCAGUUGUAUUCAUCUCGGUGGUCUUGGGGGUUUGUUUCUUCUCUAUAAUCAUGAGGAAAUGUAAGUCAUCUGCUGAUGUUGAAGCAGUGAUGAAGCGCUGCCGUCUUCAGAUUCAGUGUCUUCAAAAAAACAAAACCCGUGAAGAUCAGCUGGUGGAGAUGUAAAAUCUCUUUGUGCACAUUUUUUAUAUUUAUUUUUUAAUUUAAAUGCACAGUGUAACGUAUUUAAUCUCUUGCUGAUUUCUUAUAUCUAUCUGUAUCUCUUAUUAUUUUAAGUUUUUACUCUUCUCGUACUGUUACAGUCAUAGUCUUUAUAUGCAGGCUGAACUAAUUCUCUGUGUCUGUUAUGAACUGAUGAACUGAGAGACAGAUGUAGCUGUGGUUUCUGUUCUCUGGUAUUUCUCAUCUGAUGCUUGAAUUGUAAACCGCAUUAAUAAAAGUC